GUUCGGCGCAUGCGCAGUGUGGAUGCAGCGCGAAGAGUUUCAUCUCGUAAUUAAUAAAUCUGUUAAUGAAUGUUUUAUGUGUUUAUGAAUCUGCAUCAUGGCAGGAAUCAAAGCUCUCAUCAGUCUGUCGUUUGGAGGAGCGAUCGGGCUGAUGUUCCUGAUGCUCGGCUGCGCUCUGCCCGUCUAUAAUGAGUACUGGCCGCUCUUCCUCCUCUUCUUCUACAUCCUGUCGCCCAUCCCGUACUGCAUCUCUCGACGCGUGGUGGACGACACGGAUUCUGCUAGUAAUGCCUGUAAAGAGCUCGCCAUAUUCCUCACCACGGGAAUCGUUGUGUCUGCGUUCGGGCUGCCCAUCAUAUUCGCCCGCGCUAGUGUGAUCGCGUGGGGAGCCUGCGCGCUCGUUCUGGCGGGAAACGUCGUGAUCUUCACCACCAUCAUGGGCUUCUUCCUGGUGUUUGGGUCAAACGACGACUUCAGUUGGCAGCAGUGGUGAAGCCCGCGCCGCGUCACUGUAAUACUGUUACUGCAGUUUCUGUUACUCUGACAUUAUUAUAUUCUUAUUUAUAAUUGCAGGAAAUCAGUGCAAUAAUUGUGUUUGUGACCUCAUAGACGUUUGUUUUGUGUCCUUUCCCAUGUCACGCAUUAUGGUCCAGGUGGUCGAGCGGAAACACUGGCGACAGACGUGUUCGUCUGAGCAUUUAAUUUGUUGCUUGAGGCGUUUGAACAAAUGUACAGCUUAAAACUGACUAAGAGAAGAUCUGAAGUGUGUUCACAAUGUAUUUAUCUCAUUUGUUCUCGUGAUAUAUUCUUGUUUUCUGUUGCAGCUUCUCACUAAUUCCAUAUUAAACGUGACAUUUCAGAAGUUCAGAACUGAUCGAUUUCAUGAAGGAGACCCCUACGGGAACAGACCAGCUCAUGUUCAUCAUCAUUAAACCGGUCUAGAUCAGCUGGACUCAGUUCUAGACUCUUGUAAGCAUGUAGAGAUCUGAGGUCUGUUUCUGGUCUUGUGAUCGAUGCAUCGGUGCACGUUAUUGAGAAAACGAAAUCUCUUUAAUCUCUGGCAAAGAUCCUUUUCAGCCAAUGUUUCCACCAGCUGUCAUAGAGACACAGUCCAGCCUUACAGUUAAUCUCAUUGAAUAUUUCGUGUUCUGAAGGGUUUAUGUGUUGAUGAGAUGCUUGUGUGCUGAAGCUGAUGUAACAUUGUGACUUUUCUCUCUUCUUCUAUCUUCUUUUUUUAAUAAAUGCCAUUUUGGGGGAAAAAGAAAUCUCAUCUGCUGGAGUUUUGUCUGUUUUCUUUGAAAUCAUCAUAACAGCUGUGAGGCACUUACAAUGGAAGUGAAUGGGGACACUUUUCGGAGAGGGGUAUAGCUGCAGGCGUUGCUCCAAACCGCCAUUGAAGAUAUAGUGAGCCCGUAACCUGAACCAUGAGUGGAAGUGACGCCCCCUUUUGGAGUAACCACGCCCCCUUUUGGAAGAUUCCACCCCCAUGUGGAGGUUUCCGGCCUGCAGUUAUACCUACUUGAAUGUUUGGAGGUUUAAAUGCAGAAAUUUGAAGCUUAGAAUUUCAUAAAAGCACUUGCAUUAAUAUUUCUGUUAAAACACAUGUAUAUUUCAGCUGUAAAAUUGUUACAACAUUGUAGGGUUUGCUUACAUCACGUCGUCAUGGCAACACUGUAGUAUAAUUGUCUAUGUCUUCACACAGCGCUUCAAUAGCGGUCUGAACACACGGUCCGUCCUCAUGGUGGUGUAGUGUCUCUCCUUGCAUCUGAGACCGCCAAUCCGCGCAUCUUAUCACGAGACUUGUUGAGCGUGUUACCGUGGAGACGUAGCGCAUGUGGAGGCUUCAUGCUAUUCUCCGCGACAUCCACGCUCAACUCGCCACACGCCCCACCGAGAGCGAGAACCACAUUAUACCAACCACGAGGAGGUUACCCCAUGUGACUCUCCCCUCCCUAGCAACCAGCCCAAUGUGGUCGCUAAGGAGACCUGGCUGGAGUCACUCAGCGCACAUAUUUUUGCUCGCUCUACAAUCUUUGGGUGGAGGGGGCCCUUGGAGAUCAUUGGCCAUAAGUCAUAAUCCGUCCCUGCACAUAAGAGACACAAUCUGUAUGAUUAAGUGUAAUAAUGAUGCAUCUGACGGCCUCGGGCUGGGGUUUACUCUCAGUAUGUGUGGCAUGAUGAGGAGAGUCAGUGUCUGCUUCAACACGCAUGUGUUACACCCCAAAACACUCAUUUACAUACAGAUGUGACAUGAUCUCAGAUUUACAGAUGUUCAUUUGAGAAAUUAACUCUUAGUUUGCAUACCUGUGUGUGUGUGUGUGAGAGAUAGAUGUGUGUUUGUGUGUGUGUGUGAGAGAGUAUGUGUAUGUGUGUGUUUGUGAGAGAGAGAUCGAUAUGUGUGUGUGUGAGGGAGAUAGAUAUGUGUGUGUGUCAGAGAGAAAGAUAUGUGAGUGUGUGUGAGAGAUAGAUAUGUGAGUGUGUGUUUGUGUGUGUGUGUGAGAGAGAGAUAUGUCUGUGUGUGUGUGAGAGAGAGAGAUAUGUCUGUGUGUGUGUGUGAGAGAGAGAUAUGUCUGUGUGUGUGUGUGUGAGAGAGAGAGAGAUAUGUCUGUGUGUGUGUGUGUGUGUGUGAGAGAGAGAGAUAUGUCUAUGUAUGUGUGUGUGUGUGAGAGAGAGAUAUGUCUGUGUGUGUGUGUGUGAGAGAGAGAUAUGUCUGUGUGUUUGUGUGUGAGAGAGAGAUAUGUCUGUGU